UUGUACCUGGGACUUCGUUGUGGGAAGGAAAUUGAGAGUGGAGGGCGGUGGCCUGUUUCUGAACUGCUAGGUUCUCUUCGCGGUGCUUGGGAGACCAUUUGGCUCGAGGAAAAUGCGCUCUGCACCUCCACCCUGGCUGUCUGCCGGAGAAGAGAGUUAUCAUUGACAUGAGGGCGUCUGUGCUUUCUUCACGCUGCUCUGGGAGCCCACGGAUGACAUGCGACCUCAGUACACAAGUAAAGGGUAAAGUAUUUUUAUGAAACAAAUCUUCAAUCAAGUAUAACAUUUUGAUGCUUGGCAUCUAGACACCUUCUGCUGUCACUAUGCCAGCAGCAACUGUAGAUCAUAGCCAAAGAAUUUGUGAAGUUUGGGCUUGUAACCUGGAUGAAGAGAUGAAGAAAAUUCGUCAAGUUAUCCGAAAAUAUAAUUAUGUUGCUAUGGACACCGAGUUUCCAGGUGUUGUUGCAAGGCCCAUUGGCGAAUUCAGGAGCAACGCUGACUAUCAGUACCAACUAUUGCGGUGUAAUGUAGACUUAUUAAAGAUAAUUCAGCUAGGACUGACAUUUAUGAAUGAGCAAGGAGAAUACCCUCCAGGAACAUCAACUUGGCAGUUUAAUUUUAAAUUUAAUUUGACGGAGGACAUGUAUGCUCAGGACUCUAUAGAGCUACUAACAACAUCUGGUAUCCAGUUUAAAAAGCACGAGGAGGAAGGAAUUGAGACCCAGUACUUUGCAGAACUUCUUAUGACUUCAGGAGUGGUUCUUUGUGAAGGGGUCAAAUGGUUAUCAUUUCAUAGUGGUUAUGACUUUGGCUAUUUAAUCAAAAUCCUGACGAACUCUAACUUGCCUGAAGAAGAACUUGAUUUCUUUGAGAUCCUUCGAUUAUUUUUUCCUGUUAUUUAUGAUGUGAAGUACCUCAUGAAGAGCUGCAAAAAUCUCAAAGGUGGAUUACAGGAAGUUGCUGAACAGUUGGAGCUGGAGCGGAUAGGACCUCAGCACCAGGCAGGAUCUGACUCACUGCUUACAGGAAUGGCCUUUUUCAAAAUGAGAGAAAUGUUCUUUGAAGAUCACAUUGAUGAUGCCAAAUACUGUGGUCAUUUAUAUGGCUUAGGUUCUGGUUCAUCCUAUGUACAGAACGGCACAGGGAAUGCAUAUGAAGAGGAAGCCAGCAAGCAGUCAUGACAGGAAAUAGUCUUCUUAUUUUUAUUUUAUACGAGUUACACACAUGCUUGUAUAUAGGUUUUAUCUCUGGUUGAAUCCCUUAAAUAAUAGGCAAUACCUCCCCCUCCUUUUGUAGCCCUUCUUUUCUGCUUUCAGUACUAAAUAUGGUCUUUCCUAGCUGUGGUCUUAAUAAAUAAAAGUACAUUCAGGUUAAAUCUGGCCUUAAUUUAAUAUACUUCUUAUCAAGCUUGUGUGACAAAGCUACAUUACUGGAUAAUUUGAUAAACUUUGCCUACUUGAGCUUGGUUCUGUUUUUCCCUUUUCCUAAAUUAACUAGCAUUGACUGUAAUUUAUUUCCCUGUUCCAUGCCUCUCCUUCUAUUCUACAGUACUUAUAGGUAUUUAAGAUUGUGGACCAUCAAGUUUGCACUUUAGAGAGUGAUUUCAAUCCUCUAUUUUAUCAGAAAUUGUACUUUUUCUUGCUCUUAGCUAGAAAAAUGAGCAUCUGCCACCUUUUUACAGUAUUUGCUUGUUUUUGACAUUCAGAGUACAGCACAUGCAUUGUACAAAUUGUUGAUUCAACAGGACUAACAGA